AUGGCUCCCCAAAACAUUGGCAUCAAGGCCGUCGAGCUCUACUUCCCCGCCCAGUGCGUCGACCAGGCAGAGCUCGAGAAGUUCGAUGGCGUCGGCCAGGGGAAGUACACUAUCGGCCUGGGCCAGACUAAGAUGAGCUUCUGCGACGACCGGGAAGACAUCUACUCGCUGGCCCUCACCACCGUUUCCUCGCUGCUCAAGAAGUACAAUGUCGACCCCAAGAACAUCGGUCGCUUGGAGGUCGGCACCGAGACGCUUCUCGACAAGUCCAAGUCGGUCAAGUCGGUGCUGAUGCAGCUUUUCGCUGAGUCGGGCAACACCAACAUUGAGGGCGUCGACACCGUUAACGCCUGCUACGGCGGCACCAACGCCGUCUUCAACUCCAUCAACUGGGUCGAGUCCUCGGCCUGGGAUGGCCGCGACGCCAUCGUCGUUGCUGGCGACAUUGCCCUCUACAAGAAGGGCAACGCCCGCCCGACCGGCGGCGCUGGCUGCGUUGCCAUGCUCAUUGGCCCUGACGCGCCCGUGGUCUUCGAGCCCGGUCUCCGCGGCACUUACAUGACCCACGUCUACGACUUCUACAAGCCUGACCUGACCAGCGAGUACCCCUACGUCGACGGCCACUUCUCCAUCCGCUGCUACACCGAGGCCGUUGAUGCCUGCUACAAGGCCUACAACGCUCGCGAGGAGAAGCUCGCUGCCCAGGCGAACGGCCACUCGAACGGCACCAACGGCGCCGCCUCCGCCCAGGAAGUCCCGCUCGACCGCUUCGACUACAUGUCCUUCCACGCCCCCACGUGCAAGCUCGUCAGCAAGUCGUACGCCCGCCUGCUGUACAACGACUACCUCAAGGACCCCAAGAACCCCAUCUUCGCCGAGGUUCCUGAGGAGCUCCUGAACCUCGACUACACGACCUCCAUCACUGACAAGACCGUCGAGAAGACUUUCAUGGCUCUGACCAAGAAGCGCUUCGCGAGCCGUGUCCAGCCCAGCAUCCAGGUUCCCACCAUGUGCGGUAACAUGUACAGCGGCAGUGUCUGGGGCGGUCUCGUCAGCUUGCUCAGCAAUGUUUCCUCGGACGAACUCCAGGGCAAGCGCAUCGGUAUCUUCAGCUACGGCAGUGGUCUCGCUGCCUCGCUGCUUUCGGUCAAGAUCAAGGGCAGCGUCAAGGAGAUCGCUGAGAAGGUUGACCUGCAGAAGCGCCUGGAUGCGCGUGAGGUCGUUCCCCCGCAGGUCUACGAUGAUAUGUGCCUUCUCCGUGAGGAAGCCCACCUGCAGAAGAACUUCAAGCCCAAGGGCUCCACCGACAGGAUCGUCCCCGGCACCUACUACCUCGAGGAGGUCGACGACAUGUUCCGCAGGAAGUACGCCAUCAAGGCCUAA